CUAGUAAACUCUCUCUCUCUCUCUCUCUCUCUCUCUCUCUCUCUCUCCACUGUCCACCAUCGAAGCUCUCUUCAGUCAUCUUGUACUCUCUCUCUCUCUCUCUCCCUCCCUCUAUAAAAGCAAACCCACCAAGCAGAACUAUUCCUCUCACACCUUUUCAACCAUGGCUGACCCUUACUCCAAUUUCUUCACUGGCUGGUUCAAGUUCGAUAAUAAUCCUCUUCAUCCCCAUUCUCCAUCUCUGAAUCCAACCCCAGCUGCUACAACCACCCCACAACUUUCCUAUACUCAUCACAACUUGUAUACAAAUCCGUUUACUCUCAACCAAAAUCAGGCUCCUUAUUUUCACUAUCAAAAUCCACCUCCUUCUCCUCCUCUCAGAGAAGCCCUACCCCUCUUGAGUUUAAGUCCAUCAAGGGAUGACAAAGACCAAGAACUAGAAGGUGAAGAUGAAAAUCAAGAACAAGUAAGUUGCACUGCUAUGGAUGUGGACAAGAUCAACAAUAUAAACAAGGCCAAAGAUCAUGGGAGUUUCUUUUCUUCUAGUGCUGGUAGUGAUACCAAUGAAGAUGAGACUGUUACUGUUGCACUGCAUAUAGGGUUGCCAAGCCCUAGUGCUGCAGAGAUGGCCUCUGUCUUGUCUUCUUCUUCGGAGGUUACUGACAAAGAUGGAGAUGGUGAUGAUUCUGGGUUCCCCGUUAGUAGGCUCAACAAGGGUCAGUAUUGGAUCCCUACACCAACCCAGAUUCUGAUUGGUCCUACUCAGUUCUCAUGUCCUGUUUGCUGCAAAACUUUCAACAGAUACAACAACAUGCAGAUGCAUAUGUGGGGGCAUGGAUCUCAGUACAGAAAAGGGCCUGAAUCUCUAAGAGGCACUCAACCCACUGGAAUGCUAAGGCUUCCUUGUUAUUGCUGUGCACCUGGGUGCAGGAACAAUAUUGAUCACCCUAGAGCCAAGCCACUCAAAGAUUUUAGAACCCUUCAAACACAUUACAGGAGAAAGCAUGGAAUUAAGCCUUUCAUGUGUAGGAAAUGUAGUAAGGCUUUCGCAGUGAGGGGAGAUUGGAGAACCCAUGAAAAGAACUGUGGCAAGCUCUGGUACUGUAUUUGUGGGUCUGAUUUUAAGCACAAGAGAUCACUUAAAGAUCACAUCAAGGCUUUUGGGAAUGGCCAUGCAGCCUAUGGCAUUGAUGGAUUUGAAGAAGAAGAUGAACCUGCAUCUGAAGUAGAACAAGAUAAUGAGUCCAUGCAGUGAAGUAGAAGAUCAUUAGUGAAGAAUUGUCUUAAUUUUAUAUUUAAUGAGCUUAUAUUGGAAUUCAUAUAUAUCCCAGGCUUUUGAAGUAAGAACUGUAUAAGCAUCCAUAUUUACUUAGAAAGCCACCUUUUUUUUUCUUUCUUCCUGUCUUUUAGCCUUCUAUGUUAUUUCCUUCUUCCUUAUUAGCAUUGUAGCUAGGAUCCUAAAAAUAAAUCAAUCAUCAUGUUAGGGUAAGUUCUGUAAAUCCAUUUUCUUUUCAACUA